AUGGAGUCGAUGGGGAUGGAACCUCACCCGGAACGGGACGUCAACGUCACGAUGAAGACGGAGGUGGCCAGGGUGGUCGUGUACUUCUCGUCGAUGGACCAGGAGACGAUCGUGGAGUCCGCGAGCGUGACGAGCACGAGCCUGUUGAGCAACCUGGGAGGAGCGCUGAGCCUGUACUUGGGGAUCUCCAUGGUCAUGUUCCUGGAAAUCAUCGAGAUCCUUCCCCUGAUCGCCCUGGCAUUCGUCAACAGGUGCUUCGGGAUCGGUCACGCGCCGACGGCGAAUCCCCCACCCAGAAAGCGGGCGUCUCGACGGAUCGCUCGCAUGGAAUACCCAAUCUCCUCGGCAUGGGUCGUGAACCCCGAUUGACUUUAAUGUGUGAUUCGUUUUCGGUCGUUUUCUCUGCCGUUUCAAUCUUUCCAGUUCGAGUUCAUCUUCCGUACUGCAUGCACCUUUUCACAUGGACAAAAAGCGACCACGGGC